AUGCCUCUGGUAUACACCCGGCUCGCAGAAGACCACAUCCGUCUCCUCAAGUUGCGUCCUGGAAACUGGGACGAUGAUCUCGAGGCAGAACUAUUUGAGGCGGACCAGUCAUUUCAAUACAUUGCGCUCUCGUAUACAUGGGGAAGUCCUGUAGCUAUCAAGGAGAUCGUUGUCAAUGGCACCGUCAAAGGCAUCACUGUCAAUCUCGAUCUUGCGUUGCGCACCAUCCGGUCACCAGACAUCCACAUCACACUCUGGGUGGAUGCUCUGUGUAUCAACCAGGACGAUAUCGACGACAAAAGUCAGCAAGUCCAUGUCAUGCAUCACAUCUUCCGUUGGGCAGUUGAAGUCCGCGGCUAUGUUGGCCACUCCCUCGACCGGAGUCAGCGCAACUACAAUUCUCAGUUGAAGAAGCUAGCCGCCUCAAGUACCCUUCAAUUUCCAGUAAAUAACGAUAACUCUUGGGAACACAUCCGUGACUCCCUCGCGCUGCUAGAAUCCAAAGAACCGGCUCAACUAUCACCCCACGAGAGAUGUUUGUGCAUGUUUGGUUUGAUCAGAGCGCUAUCAUCUCAUUCUCUCCAUGCCAAGCUAAAAAACGUCGACUUAUUUUCGAGCAACAAUACGGAACGAAUGGAACCUAAGCUUCGCCAUCUGUUCGAAUGGUUACGCGCCUUCGUGAUUGCUCCUUGGUGGGAUCGCAUGUGGAUCACCCAAGAGGUCGGAGUCGCUCGCGAGCUUCAGCUCACGUACGGAAAAGUCAUCAUACCGUUUGACCUACUAUCCAACGUUGUCGAAGAGCUGGAAUCACGCUCGUUUAAGCUCUCACCGUCCGGAAGCGAACACACGAAAGUGCUUGACCUCUUAGUCGCAAAGGUCAAGAAAGUAUCCGAGCUGCGACGCCUUCAACAGUACGAAUCCAUCGGGAAGAUGCAAGACUUGGGAUACUUCCAAAGAUCACUAGGAAGCCCCCUCCUCUGGCUGCUGAGGACAUUUCGCCAUCGGCAAUCGUCAGAGCCCAGGGAUAAAAUAUAUGCCCUCUCUCAGCUCCUCGGGAACCUCACCACCCAGGCCUUUGACAUCGAGACGAACUAUGCUACUUCAGUUGCAGCUCUAUUCUGCAAAGUUGUCAUCAGGAUCAUGCACGAGACAGGCAUUUUCUGGAUAACUUCGGCGGACCUUGCCGCCAAGUCGAGAGACAACCUUCCCUCCUGGGUACCGAAUUGGGCCGAUGGCUUCGCUCCCCCUGAUCCCAAUACUAUUGCAUGGAAAAUCCGGCUGUGCCACAAUGCCUCAGACAUGAGGUUUACAGUUCAGACGCCAGGCCUUCCCCCUAAAUCCAUGAAGCCUUCCGAGUACUACAGCAAACUAGCGAAGGAUGCGGCCUUGUUGUCGGAGGUGACGUUGAAAGGGACCAUCCACAAGCGUGAGCAAGAAUUUCCGGUGGACAUCAAUUCCCGGCGCGAAAUCUAUUCCAGUAGAGUUUUCCACUUGGACUUUCAGAGUUCUGUGGAUCGUCAAAUGGUAUACGACUAUUACCACCCUCGGCUCCGAGAUUACACAAAAGUCGAGAACUGCCUCAAGGUACCAGCACAAUAUUGCACCACAAUCCACCACGUGUCCGAGCCUCUCGCCCCGGACUUGUCCAACAUGAUUGAAAUCAUCAAGGCUAUUAAAGCUGCUAGGCAUAAGCUUUUCCCCAACGAUUGGGAUUACGACAUAUAUCGACACCGCCUCGACUCCAUUGGGCGGAUCCUCUGCUUCGGCGUGGUCAUGGAACAAAACAAUCAUGUUCGCCUGCAGGGAGGCUGGGACGAUCCUAAUCUGGCAAUCCUGGUUUACCUGCUAGCAAAAAUGACUGGAGUGGCCAUUGACAGCCGGGUUGAGGAAGAAGAAUACUUUGCAGAACGCCACCGUGACAAAUUCAUCUCCGAGAUCAUGGGCGGGUGCGCCCACUGUUCUGUAUCGACUGAACGACCAUGCCAGGAUUGCGAAGACAAGGCCGCUGAGAAACCUAUACCAACUCUGGACGACGCGUGGCGGGACAGGAGGGUCAAACAGGUUUAUCGCACAGCACUGGAGACCGGCCCUGGCAACUGCAUCCUUCUUACUAAAGAAGGGGCCCUGGCCCUUGGUCCGCCGCAGACAGAGAUAGGUGACAGGAUCUAUAUUCUUACAGGAGGACUCUGCCCGUACAUCCUACGACGGGACGAAGUUCCGCAGUACAUGGAGGGUGUGGCAUUUCGGCUUAUAGGGGAUUGUUACCUGGACGGAGCCCCCAAAUGGGACGCGAGCAAUCUGGAGAAUGUUAAUUUGGUGUAGAUCUCACAACCCGGCUGCCUUAGAACAAGGGGAAGCCCUCUUG